UUAUAACGGUUAUCGAAGUAAACGAUUAACGAAUCGCGACACUACAACCUAAUAGCUUCAUGAUUGCGAAAUUUAUGCCUCUCAUAUGUAUUUAUUUUAUGUGGUCUGACUUGAGUACAUCGAUUAAAAAAUCCGCUUGUUAUGAGACCGUGUAAACUGGUGUAGACAAUUCUUUAUGUUAAAUAUUCCAUGUUAUACCACUCCAUCUUCUUCUGUUUGAUUAGAUUUUGGUGAAGAUUUAAGAAUCAACUUAAAGUCAGUGUAUUUAACACCUCUAGCCACCUAUUUGACCUAUUUAAAAUGCCCCGUAUUCUUUAAUUAUCUUCACAUUGCUUGAUAAUGCUGUUUGUAUCUUCUAGUCCGUUUGGAAUUAUCCUACAUAAACUACUAAUAUUUGAACAGCACGUGAUCGGUAACCUUAUUCUCUGAAGUAAGCAUGUAGUGAAAAUAAAUUUCAUCGCAGUUACUAAACUGGUCAUUACAAAUAUCAAUUCUUUGUAGAUUACCACUGUAUAAAGAGAUUUCAAGUGCAAAGUAUUCGGAAAUAGAAUGUGCAUUCUUGGGAAUCUUUUUAGUUCAUAAAGAUGCUUAUAAUAACCCCCAUUUUAUUUUCUAAAUUUGUAGAUGUUUAGAUUAAAAAAGGCACAUUUAUUUAUAAGCUAAUUGUGUUUUGUAAUUGAAAUGAGUCAAUUAAGUAUUCUAACUGAAUCAGAAUUUAAUCGAAUACAAAAUAGUGUAGAAAAUGUAAAUGAGGAUUUCAAUAAUGAUCUAGAUCUUGGUAGCAAUAACGACGAAAUUAAUUUAUCCGAUAGGAUUCAACAGGAAGAAAAUGAUGCAUUCAUAGAAACUAAUAGUUUAGAUGGAUUUCACAGAAGUCGAGAAUUUCAAGAAUUAAAUCCACUCUACCUACCCGAUAAUUAUGAUAAACUUCCAGAAUCUUUCGAUAUAUCUACAUUUCCACUGUCACAUAAGCAAAAUAAUUUGAAAGAAUCACAUCUUUUAGAGUAUUGUGAAAAUUUUUGUCGACAAUAUGCUCAUCUAUGUCCUGAUCGAACAAAACUAUUUCUGAUACCAACGAAUGAAUGUGAUAUACAGAAAUUUGUUUGUACUACAUUGAGUAAGACAUAUUUAAAUUAUCCUGAAUUAUACUUAUGGUAUGAGGCAGCUAAGUUUGUGGCUGAUUUUCUCAACUUUGUACCACUUGUUCCAUCAACUGAACUGCCUAAAAGACUUUUAAGUCCAAUGACAACAGUCAACUUGCAAAAGGGUACUUGUUUUGAAUAUGCUACAUUAUUAUGUUCACUCUUAAUAGCUGCUGGUUAUGAUGCAUAUAUAGUCAGUGGUUACGCAACCAGAGAAUGCUGUUAUAUGGAUGAAACUAGAGAGAUAUGUCCAUAUCUUAUUGGAGAUGUGAUAAAAGAAACUAAUAAUGAUAUGAAAAGUGAAAAACUUGAACCAAAACGAUAUACUAUCAAACCAGAAAAAGACUUAACAUCAAAAUAUGAACACGCUAUGACAAUGAAAGACUUACAGGUUGAAGCGGAACGUGUUAAACAAGCCAAAAAAGAAGCAGAACUGGUUGAAGAAGAACGUUAUAAACCAACUGUUGAUCCAUUAUUUGGUCUUAGAAUACAUGCAUGGAUUUUAGUAUUACCUGGUAAACGUGAAGUGCCUGAAGCAUUUUUCAUUGAAACAUUGACAGGUCUUGCUAAGCCCUUAGAUUGUUCGAUGUAUCUAGGUAUAGAAAGCUUGUGGAAUGAUCAUAAUUAUUGGGUGAAUAUGCAAGAUUGUUCAACUGGUAUAUCCCAUUUAAAUUAUAAUCUAAGUGAUGGUUUGUGCUGGGAAUAUUUAUUACCUAAUGAUAGAUUAUCUGUCGAAGGAACAGGAUUUUCAAGUAUUCAACGGCCAGAUAUGUUCAAUGUACAAUCAACAAUGAACAGUAAAACACCUAUUAUUAGUCAGCUAGCAUCACCUUUAUUAAUCGUACCCAAUUCAUUAAAAUCAAAAGACAAUAACUAUAAUUCAAGUUUCAAUUUAAAUGAUAAUGAUGCUCAUGGUCUAACUGAUAGUAUUCAUCAAGUUCGAGGAAAUUUACACGUUAAAUUAUUAGGUAAUUCACAAAACAAACCAUUACUAUUAGAUUUACCACCAUCAUGGACCUUACCAAUUCAGAUCGAACAAAAAUUAUUUAAAUUACGCUAUCCAAAUGGUUUUAAAAAGAGACUGUAUAAAUAUUCAAUUGUAGAAAACUUUGCGCCAUAUUCACAAUCCGAUGGUUUAAUUUUAAGGUUAACAAUUUUUCAAGAUCGUGAAUUAACCAAUCCUACUGAAGUUAGGGAAACUUAUGCUAAUCGUAAAGAUAAACUAAUCAGUCGUAGUACGGUAUUGAGAACGAAUUGGAUUGUCGAGAAAUUUGAUCAUGGUCGUCAAACUAGUCAUUUGGCUGAACAUGGUUAUUAUAAGACACAACAAGGUGUACAUACCAUACGUUAUAUGAUAUUUGAUCAUGAUGCUAGAAUUGAUGGCCUGUAUAAACGUGAACAAACAUUCAGUACAAUGAUAGAACAUUUCAAAGAUAGACAUGAUCACCUUUAUUAUCGUGAAGUACAUUUCAGUGCUAAAAUCAAGAAAUUUGGUCCAGCACCAACUCAAAAUAAAGAUAAUCCAGAUGCAUUUGCAUUAUCUACAACCAGCCAAUCAAAUAUUGAUAAAAUCAUUGAGAGAUUUACACGUAACGAAGAAAUUGAAGCAGAUGAAGAUAUCGCUGAAAAAAUAUUUAAUAUAGCUGAAGAAAGAAUCUCGCUUACCUAUCAUGUUGGUAAAGAACGUAUUGUUCCGUGUACUAGAGAGUUUAUUAAACCAUCACCUUCAAAUGACAGAAGAGAUAGUAUCCAACUUUAUCCAGACACACAUGUGGCAUUUCAAGUAAAUUUAUUAUCUAAACCUAAAUCCCAAAUUGAAAUUUAUAAUAUGCUUAUUGAUUUAUUAAAAGAAGAAAAUGAUUCUAUAGAAACAGUAUAUAAAUCUAUACAUGAAAUAUAUUCAAUAUUAAAUGAACGUACUAUUGAAGAUUUACAUGUUAUCUUAGAUAUGGAUCCAUUUGAUACAUUACAUAAUAUAGAAGCUAAUCAAUUACGUAUAGAAUUAGAGAAAUUAGCUGAAAAUGAACAAAAUUCUAAUUCUAAUAAUCAUAAUAAUGAUAUAGAAUAUGAUUAUUUAGAACCAUAUUUGAUACAAUUUAAUAAUGAUAAUAAUGAUAGUAAUGGUAAUAACAAAUUGACAAUUGAACAAGCUUCAAUAGUAUAUAAUGAUUGUUUAAAUGAAUUAAAACAACAAUUAAUUAAUAAAGCAAAUAUUAUACAAUUAAAUUAUGAAAAAUUAAUUGAAAAUUUAUUAAAUAAACAAAAAUGGUAUCAAUUAAAUCAAAUUAAUUUAAAUAAACAAAAUGAACAUGAUUAUUUAAUAGAUUGUAAUGAAUUAUUAUUUAAAAUUCAAACAUUAGAAUCAUUAUUAUUAGAUCAUAAAUUAAAAGCUAAAGAAAAAUAUAAAGAAUUAGAAAAGAAACUAAAAGCAGAUCCAAGACUUAGUGAAUUAUCAUCAUAAUCAUCAUUUAAAAUGAGUUAAUUGAUUAUUAUUAUUAUUAUUGUUUUUUUCUUUUUUUCUUUUUCUCUUUUUUUCUUUCUUUGCUUCUUGUUGUUGUUGUUGAGGAUGUUUUGGCUAUUUAUAAAUGAAUGUAGAUAAUAAUAAAGUGAAAUAGUAAAGAAAUCAAUUCAAAGAAUGAA